AUGUUGUCGGCUGCACUCGGCAAAGAUCGGCGCUUGCCCGCCACCACCUCCAGCCUAGCAGGGCAACGCUUGCUGCUCUUCACUCAGCCUGCAUAUAAUGUGUCCAUUUUUGAGAACUCUGCUGCAAGAACCUAUACCAAAAGUGAGGCCAAAAUGGGCAUCAUUCUCGGGCCACCUUGGUCUUUUGAGAUAAAAUACUCCAUUGUGUUGGGAGACAGUGAAGGCAUCUUUCAGGCUGAAGAUUUUGUAAUGGGAGAUUUUUGUUUUCUCCGCAUAUGCACUAAUGGAGGUAGUGGUGCUAUACUGAAUCGGGAAGUACAGGAUAAUUACACUCUGACAGUUAAGGCCUCGGCCCCAGGAGGCCUAGAGGCUUUAACCACUGUUUAUAUCAAGGUCUUGGAUACAAAUGACCUUCGACCUCUAUUUUCCCCAACUUCCUACGCAUUUGUUGUUUCUGAGAGUGCCCCUCUGGGUGCCAGCAUAGGACGUGUGACAGCCACAGAUGCUGACGUAGGCUCGAAUGGAGAGUUUUACUACUUUUUCAAGAAUAAAAUAGAUCUUUUUGCUGUUCAUCCGACGAGCGGGGUCAUCACCCUGACUGGUCGACCAAGGAUGGACAAACAGGACCGAUUUGAGCUGGAGGUACAGGUGGUUGACAGAGGGAUGAAACUCUAUGGGAACAGUGGUAUCAGCAGCACAGCAAGGCUUGUACUAACUGUGCAGCGAGUAAAUGAAUUUGCUCCCGUUCUUAGUGCAGUCGCUGUUGUUCCAUCGUGGGAAGAAAAGAAUCCCGUGUAUGCAGUAAUUAAUGUGGAGGACAAAGAUGAAGGAAUAUCCGGAGAUAUAGAGUGGGUGUCCAUCAUUGAGGGGGAUCCCUUCGAGCAGUUUGUGGUUGAUCGUUCGCCUGUUGGGAACGAGUACAGAGUUAAAACGUCGGAAGCUGUCAGCUGGGAUACAUUCCCCUAUGGCUGCAACUUAACAUUUCAGGCCAAGGACAGAGGUAUGCCUCCCAAGUUUUCUAAUACCCAAAUUGUUCAGUUGUUGGUUACAAAACCGGACCCAGUGAUGGCGAGUUUCGAAAAAGAUGUUUAUAUAGUCACGCUGAGUGAAAUCGCUCCCCCAGGCUCUGUUAUAGCGGUGGUGAAAAUAUCCCCGGCUCCUCUGAGAGUCAAUUACAGCUUCAGCAACCCUUCAGAUCCAGUGUACUUUGAUAUAAACCCUUUGACUGGAGUUAUUAUGACCACCAGGCAGCUUACAAGGAUAUCACAGGAUUUCAUGGUGAUGGAGGUAGUUGAUAUGAUAAGUGAGCAGCGAACAAGUGUCCAAAUUCAAAUUGAGGAUGCUAAUGACAACUCUCCAGUGUUCAACAAGCCAUUCUACAAUAUUGUCGUCAACGAGAGCGUACCUGUAGGUACUGUUGUCCUUGUGGUCUCUGCUGUGGAUGAUGAUAAAGGGGAGAAUGGGUAUGUAAGUCACACUAUUAGUGGUGAACAGUCUCUUCCAUUUAGCAUAGACCAGAAAACAGGGGAGGUGAGAAUUACUAGAGAUCUGGACUUUGAAUCAUCAGAUGAUAUCUACACUUUCGCAGUGCGUGCCUCUGACUGGGGUUCACCCUACAGAAGGGAGAGUGAGGUUAAUAUCACCAUACGUGUAAUAAAUAUCAACGACAAUCAGCCUCUUUUUGAGAAGGUUUCUUGCAGAGGGAUGAUAAGCCGUGAUUUCCCUGUCAACCAGACUGUUGUCACCUUGUCAGCAAUUGACAUGGACGAGCUAGGACUAGUUGAGUACAAGAUACUCUCUGGGAAUGAGUUAGAUUAUUUUAACUUAAAUCCAGACUCUGGGGCUUUGUCACUGAAAAGAUCGUUAGCAGUGGAUAGUUUAAAAAGUGGUGUAUUCAACUUCAAAGUUGUUGCAACAGAUGGAGAGAUGUUCUCUGAUCCCACAUUUGUGAAUAUAUCAGUGGUGAGGGGUAGGAUUCCCCCCAGAGGGUUCAACUGCAAGGACACAAGGGUAGCCCAGCUUUUGGCAGAAAAAAUGCUCUCAAAGGCAUCUGCUAUGGCUAGACCGAGACCAGAUGAGAGCUACACAGAUAUUUUCUCUACGAACAAACAGCCUCCACAGUUUGAAGCCUUGCCUACAAGCAUUCUCGUGAGAGAAGACCUCAUUCCCGGUGCCAGUGUAUUUCAGGUGCGAGCGCGAGAUGGUGACACAGGCUUUAAUGGCCGCGUUCUCUUUUCCAUUUCUGAUGGUAACAAAGAAAACUGCUUCAAUAUAAACAUGGAGAGUGGGCUGAUAACUAUACUGCGGCCACUCGACCGUGAACGAGUGGAUCGUUACUUCCUUAAUAUCACCAUCUAUGAUCAGGGCAUUCCUCAGAUGUCCAGUUGGAGAUUACUGACAGUGAUCAUUGAGGAUACAAACGACAAUGACCCUCAGUUUUAUCAGGACAGCUACUCUGCCCUUGUUUCAGAAAACUCAGCCAUUGGCAUGGAGGUUAUAACCAUCACUGCAUUUGACAGAGACAUGGGUCAGAAUGGACAGCUCUCCUAUAUAAUGCUCACCAGUGUUCCUCAGUUUGGGAUUGACAGUGAAACUGGAAGUGUAUUUGUUGCUAGCCAGCUGGAUAGAGAAACAUUUCCAAUAUUCAUAUUGAAGAUUGAAGUCAGAGACAUGGCUGAAAGAGGCACUCGAAGGUCCUCAGUGACUACUCUAAGUGUAAUCUUGGAGGAUGUCAAUGAUUGCGCUCCAGCUUUCAUCCCUACCAGCUAUAGUGCUCGAGUACUAGAGGAUCUCCCGCCCGGGACUGUGAUUACCUGGGUGCAGGCUCAGGACCCAGACAUUGGACCUGGAGGACAAGUUCGAUAUUCCUUAAUCAAUGACUUUAAUGGCACUUUUGAGAUCGGUCUUAUAAGUGGGGUAUUGAGAAUUAGAAAGGAGUUGGACUUUGAGAAACAACAGUUUUUCAACCUGACGUUGCUUGCUGAAGACAGAGGAAUCCCCAGCCUUAGGAGCCAGACGUUUGUGGAGGUAGAGGUGGUGGAUGUCAAUGAGAAUUUGUAUGCGCCUUACUUCUCCGACUUUGCUGUGAGAGGCUCAGUGAAGGAGAACUCUCGUGCAGGAACAAGUGUCAUGACUGUCAACGCUAAAGAUGACGACAAGGGACGAGAUGGCGUGCUGAAGUACUCUAUCCAAGGUGGCAGCGGCCUGGGCACUUUUACGAUUGACGAAGACACAGGGGUGAUUUACACUUCUGGUAUCCUGGACUGUGAGACCAAAGACUCCUACUGGCUGACUGUCUGUGCCAUGGACAGGGGGGUUCCACCUCUCUCAGCUUCUGUUGAAGUCUUCAUCCAGGUAGAAGAUGUCAAUGAUAAUGCUCCCCUCACCUCAGAUCCUAUCUACCACCCGACUAUCAUGGAAAACUCUCCAAAGGAUGUGUCAGUCAUUCGUAUUCAGGCGCAAGACCCCGAUCUCACUGCUAUACCCAGUCGUCUGAGUUAUCGUAUUACUGCCGGCAACCCGCAGAAUUUCUUCUCUAUUAAUCCAAAAACAGGUCUGAUCACAACAACAGCGAGGAAACUGGACAGAGAACAACAAGCUGAACACUUUUUAGAGAUUACAGUAAUAGAUGGCCCGGUGACCACACGCCAAUCUACUGUGUGGGUCAUAGUUCACGUCCAGGAUGAGAACGACAACCCGCCCACCUUCCCAGAGGUCACCUACCGCAUCAGCUUGCCCGAGCGAGACAGGAACAAACGCGGGGAACCCGUGUACCGUGUCUUCGCUUACGACCGUGAUUAUGGCGCCAAUAGCAACAUCACCUACAGCAUCAUUAGCGGUAAUGAGGACGAAAAGUUCAGUAUCAACCCCAGGACUGCUAUGGUGUCGUCAAAGAAGAUGGUAACAGCAGGCAGCUAUGACAUCCUCACUAUAAAAGCGGAGGACGGUGGCGAUCCGCCAUUAUGGUCUACUGUUAAACUUCAUGUAGAGUGGAUUCGUAAACCUUCCCCCUCACCAGUGCCCCUACUGUUCACCCAGCGGUACUACAAUUUCUCCAUUUCGGAGACAGCUACUGUUGCCCAGCCAGUGGGAGUCGUGGCUAUCAGCCAGUCCAGCACACCUGUCUGGUUCACUAUCAUUGGGAGCUUUGACAUGCAGUUUGACCUCCAACUGGGGGUGGGGACUCUAGUCGUGGCCAAGCCCCUUGAUGCGGAGGUGCAGUCUGUGUACAACAUGACGGUACAGGUGACAGAUGGGACCAACUUUGCCACAGCACAGGUGUUCAUUCGAAUACAGGACAGCAACGACAACCCUCCAGUUUUUUCUCUACCAACUUAUGAUGUCAGCGUAUCUGAGGACAUACCAGUUGACAUGGAGCUGCUGCGGGUCAGAGCAUCGGACAUUGAUGAGCGUGCCCGUUUGAGCUUCUCCAUCUAUGGCAGCGUAGACCCGGCCAGUAUGAGGCUGUUUAGGGUCAAUCCUGGCACAGGAGUCGUCUACACCGCAGACAGGCUCGACUAUGAAGCCCGGACACAGCACAUCCUCACUAUUAUGGUCAAGGAUCAGGAGUUUCCAUUUAACCGUGACCUAGCUCGUAUCCUGGUGGCAGUGGAAGAUUCCAAUGAUAACAUUCCCUACUUCACCAGCACCGUAUACGAUGCUACGGCCUACGAGACUUUUUCUGUCGGCACGUCUGUAGUGCAGGUGACGGCCCUAGACAAAGACAAUGGGAUUAAUGGGCAGCUCACCUAUACUAUAGAAGCAGGUAACACCGGUGGUGUGUUUGGCAUUGAUAAUACCACAGGCCUUAUCUUCAUUGCCAAGGAACUGGACCUCACUUCUUUAGGCUUUUACACCCUCAGUGUGCGCGUCACAGACAGUGGAUUUCCCCCAUUAAUGGCCACCGCUUCAGUUCGCAUUUCCUUGAUCCUCUCAGACUUCUCCAAACCGAAAUUCUCUCAGAAGGAGUAUCAGGCUGAGAUUAUGGAGAACAGCAAAACUGGAACUUACGUGAUCACUGUUAGCGCCCUCAGCCGCUCAGCACUCAUUUAUGACAUCACCAGAGGCAACGAGGAGCGCUGCUUCUUUAUUAACCACCAUACCGGUGUAAUCACUACACGCAAACCGCUGGACUUUGAGCAAACAACAUCUUACUUUCUGGUGGUGCGUGCCCUGAGCAUGGCUGGAGUGGAAGCCAGCACCUCCGUCAUCAUACAAGUAGUAGAUGUGAACGACAGCCCACCUGUAUUCCAACAAAUCAGGUAUGUCGGCGUAGUCAGCGAGGCUGCUCCAAUCAACAGUGUGGUCCUGGCAGAGGACGGUAACCCUUUGGUCAUCCAGGCAACUGAUAAGGACCGCAACCACAAUGCCCUGUUAGUGUUCGAGAUCAUAGGUGAGACUGCUCGGAUGUUCUUCAGCGUGGACUCUGGGACUGGAUCGAUCCGAACGAUUGCCAGUCUGGACUAUGAAACCUUCUCUGAGUUCGUCUUUCGGGUUCAUGUUAGAGAUAGUGGCCAGCCUCCACGGGAUGCUGACAGCCCAGCAGAGGUACUUAUAAAGGUGAUCAACAUCAAUGACUCGCCCCCUAAGUUUUCCCAGGACACUUACGAGACAAUCCUCUUGUUGCCUACCUACAUGGGUGUAGAGGUUCUUAAGGUUAAGGCUCUUGACCCCGAUAUGACCUCUGACCCCACACUUAACCCUGACAAGUCUAUCACACCACAGCUGCUUUACUCUUUGGUGGAUAGCAAUGUGGAGUUCUUUUCUGUUGAGCCAUACACUGGACUUGUGACCGUCAUCAAUCAGAGCCUCAAUAAAGACCGUUAUCGCUUCAAUGUGAAGGUUUGGGAUGGACGUUUUUCCAGCAUGACACUGGUCACGGUGCUUGUCCGAGAAGCUAUAGACAGCGGAAUUCUCUUCACCUUCCCAGUUUACUUUGCCUCCAUCCCAGAGAACAUACCCAAUAUCACCUUAGCGACUGUGGUGAGCACAGUUGGUCACCGCCUCAACGAGCCACUCAAGUACACUCUGCUGAACCCCGUUGGGCGCUUCAGCAUUUGGCCCACUUGUGGAGCAGUGUUCACUACCGGUGUGCCUUUUGACAGAGAGGAGAAGGACAGUUAUGAAUUGGUGGUGGAGGUCAGCAGGGAAGAUGAAAUAUUGAGGGUGGCUAGGGUGAUCGUGCAAGUACAGGUGGAGGAUGUAAACGACAACUCUCCACAGUUUGUGAACCUUCCCUACUACGCUGUAGUGCAGGUAGAAGCACAGCCAGGAUCAAGUGUUUUCAGGGUCUCAGCUACUGACAAAGACUACGGUCGGAAUGGACAAGUGACGUACAGCCUUAAGGAGCAGCACAGAAACUUUCAAGUGCACCCUGUGACAGGAGAGCUGACCUUAAAGAGAGCCUUCGAGGCAGAUUUAUCUAACGCAGAGUACAAACUGAUCCUUGUGGCGACUGACGGUGGCUUCCCUCCUCUGUCCAGUGAGGUGGAGCUGCCUGUUAGUGUAGCAAAUAAAGCUAUGCCAGUAUUUGACAAGCCUUUUUAUGGUGUCACCGUCAAAGAGGAUUUGGAUGUCUCCACCUCCGUCUUGUGUAUCAAUGCCAGUAGUCCCGAGGGCCAGAGCGUCAUCUUCACCAUCACAGAUGGAGACCCAUCCCUCCAGUUUGACAUUGGCUUUGAUACAGGAAUCAUCCGUGUGAUUUACCCGUUAGACUAUGAGACCACACAGUAUUACCGUUUAACGGUGAAGGCUACCGAUACACUGACCGGAGCUAAGUCGGAGGUCGAUGUGGACAUUGUCAUGCUGGACGUGAACGAUAACCCACCGCUGUUCCUGAACACCUCAUACUCAGCUGUGCUCUCUGAGAACUCCAUGAUUGGAACAUCCGUCUUACAGGUGUUUGCCCAAGACCAGGACACAGAAAAGAACGGCGUGGUGAGUUACCAGAUCCUAUCUGACAUCUACAACAGCACCGACUACUUCAGCAUCGACAGUAACAGCGGGCUGAUAUACACGGCACGUCUGCUCGACUAUGAGCUCAUCCAGCGCCACAACUUCAUUGUCAGGGCGACGGACAGCGGAGACCCUGCCCUUAGCAGCGAUGUUACUGUCUCUGUGACUGUAACUGACACCAAUGACAACCCACCUAAUUUCAGCCAAAUGCUGUACGAGGCCUUUGUCAGCGAGCUGGCUCCCAGAGGACACUUUGUGACUUGUGUUCAGGCAUCAGAUGCUGACAUCUGUGAUGCCAGUAGGCUGAGGUACAGUAUUCUCUCAGGAAAUGAGAAAAUGACUUUUAUGAUGGAGCCAGAUACGGGGGUGCUUCGUCUGUCUAACAAGAGGAGACAAGGCAUGAAACUCUCCUAUCAACUCAAUGUGUCCGUGUCGGAUGGAGUCUUCACCAGCACUGCUCAGGUGAUUGUACGUGUCCUGGGAGCUAACCUAUACAGCCCAGUAUUUAGCCAGAGGUUCUACUUGGCUGAGGUCCAGGAAAAUGCACCGGAAGGGUCAAAGGUCAUUCAGGUCCGCGCAACAGAUGAGGACUCUGGACUGUACGGACAGAUCACCUACUCGUUCAUCAACGACCUGGGGAAAACUCAGUUCACCAUUGAUGCAGAUGGGGUCAUUUCCACUGUUCAGAAAUUAGACCGAGAAAACCCUUUCAACAAGGACAUGGUGCUAACUGUGAUGGCCCUGGAUGGUGGAGGCCGUGCAUCAUUUUGCACGGUACGGGUGGUUCUUGCAGAUGAGAAUGACAACGCCCCCCGGUUCAGAGCAGUGGAGUAUCGUAUGAGCAUUAAAGCAAAUGUUGCCAAAGGUUCUCUUGUCACUCAGAUCCAGGCCACUGACCCAGAUGCUGGGUCUAAUGGAAGGAUCACAUACUCACUUUACAGUGAGGCACGCCUAUCUCUGGUCGAUGUUCUGGAGGUGGAGCCAGACAGUGGCUGGAUGAUGACUAAAAGCACAGUGGACCACCUCCAGGGCACUGUGCUGUCCUUCUUUGUCAAAGCCACAGAUGGUGGUUCUCCGGCUAAGCACUCCCUGGUGUCCGCCUUCAUCCACGUAGUCCCUCCAGAUGCAUUCGUUCCCUCGUUCAGCCAGCCUCAGUACUCCUUCACCAUCCCUGAGGACACAGCGGUAGGAACCGCCCUGGGGUCUGUGUACAUGGGUGCUGGACAGACCGGGUUCUUUAGUGCAAUCGCAGGGGAGACACUUGACAGCAACCAGGAGGGGACCUUCCUGGUGGAAAAGGAGACUGGUCUCAUCCGUCUGGUGAAACCGCUAGACUAUGAAGAGGUCAGCAUCUUCCGCUUUAAAGUUGCAGCAACAACAAGACGAGACCUGAUUGAGUCAGUCUCCACUGUAGAUCUGGAGGUUAAGAUUCUGGACGUCAAUGACAACAAGCCGCUGUUUGAGACCAGCACCUAUGUAGCCACGGUGAUGGAGGGGAUGCCUGUGGGGACCAGAGUGGUCCAAGUGCGUGCUCUUGAUCCAGACUGGGGCUCUAAUGGGCAGGUAACCUACAGCCUCGGUCCUCUGCUCACCUACAAUCUAGACUUGACAAGGGAUGCCAGCUUCUUCUCCGGGCCUGUGUCUACCACUUCUGUCUUUGCCAUUGACAGUAAAACAGGUUGGAUCACCACAGUGAGUCAGAUGGACCACGAGGCCUGCUCCAGCUACAGCUUUGAAGUAGUAGCGUCUGAUCUGGCCGAGUUACUGCCUCUCUCCUCCACCACAGUGGUGACCAUCACUGUGUCAGACGUCAAUGACAACCCGCCACUGUUUGAGAGGGAGCUGUACCGAGGUGCCGUAAAGGAGAGCGAUCCUCUCGGUGAAGUGGUGGCCGUUCUGAAAACCAAAGAUCGAGAUGGCACGGAUCAAAACCACCUCGUCAGCUUUUGCAUCACUGGGGGAAAUCCACGAGGAGUGUUUGGCCUGGCCCGUGUGCAGGGGGAGUGGAAGGUUUAUGUGAGUGGUCUGCUGGAUCGCGAGCAGCAGGACUGGUACCUGCUCAACAUCACUGCCAGCGAUGGCCUUUAUGUCGCUCACACCGCAGUGGAGGUUACAGUCAUGGAUGCAAAUGACAACAGACCCAUCUGCAACCAGGCCGUGUAUAGCACCUCUUUUCCUGAGGACAUUCCCAUUAACAAGGGCAUUCUAAGAGUGGGUGCAACAGAUGCUGACUCAGGCUCCAGUGCUGAGAUCCAGUAUUCACUGUUUGGCAUUGGGGUUGAAGAUUUCUACAUGGAUGCAAACACCGGUGAGUUGCGUACAGCCAUUGUGAUGGACCGGGAAUUGUCCCCCAGCUACAAACUCAUCGCCCAGGCAACUGACGGGGGAGGCCUGUUCUGUCGCUCUGAUAUUUUUCUCAAAGUGUUAGAUGUCAAUGACAAUGCCCCCCUCUUCUCAUCCACUCAUUACCUGGCGAGCGUGUACGAGAAUGCUUCGCCUAAGGCUUUGCUCACCCGUCUACAAGCCAGCGACCCAGAUGAAGGUCUCAACCGUACAGUGCUGUAUUCUCUGGUGGACUCAGUGAACGGGUUCUUCUCCAUCGACCCGGUAACUGGAGUAGUAGUUCUGGAGAAGUCUUUGGACAGAGAGAGCCAGGACUCCUAUCGUGUUCGUGUGGAGGCCACUGAUCGAGCUGGACAACAGGGGGCGCUCUCCUCACAGGUUUAUUUGACCAUUUUAGUGCUGGAUGUGAAUGACAAUGCUCCAGUCUUCCAGAGAAGAGACUAUGCUGUAACUGUCCCCGAGGAUGUAGCCGUGGGAACCGAGGUGGUGCGAGUCCUGGCAACAAGCGCUGACAUCGGACCUAAUGCUGAGAUCACAUACAACAUCCGGUCGGGUAAUGAGUUAGGAAAGUUCACCAUAGACAGGAAAUGGGGUUCUAUUUCAGUGGCUGAUGAUUUGGACUUUGAGGUGUGUAAGGACUAUUAUCUCACCAUCGAGGCCUGGGACAAUGGCAACCCUCCUCUUAGCACAGCUACAAUGGUAACCAUUGAACUUAUGGAUGUCAAUGACAACGCUCCAGCUUUCAGUCAGGACAUCUACCAUUUGCUGGUCAGCGAGGAUGCAUCUGUUGGGCAGACAGUUACAAGGGUAGUGGCUGAAGAUCUGGAUAGCCAAGUGAAUGGGCGCAUCACCUACUCUAUCCUGAAAGGUGACCGAAACAACCACUUCUGGAUUGACCCUGUAGCAGGACUUCUCAAAGUCAACAAGAAGCUUGACAGAGAACUUGUGUCCAGGUACUCUUUGUCGGUACAGGCGUUUGACAGUGGCUCUCCUGCGAUGUCCUCCACAGUCACAAUCAACAUCGAUAUCUCUGACGUUAACGAUAACCCCCCAGUUUUCAAUCCUCCCAAUUCCACGGUGGUCAUACAGCUAAACCAAGCUGCUGGCACCACCCUGCUCCAGUUAUCAGUCAGCGACAAAGACUCCCCUAAGAAUGGUCCACCCUUUGAGUUUCGGAUCAAGUCAGGAAAUGAGGGAAACUUCUUCUCCUUGGACCAGACUGGGACUCUGAGGUCUAACCGUGUGUUUGGCCCUGAAGCCCCCAGAGAAUUCACUCUUGAAAUCCAGGCAACUGAUUCUGGCAAGCCUAGUCUCUCCUCCUCUUCCUGGGUAUUUCUGAGGGUCAUUGGGAACAGUCAGUACAAGCCGACUGUCUCCCCUCUGGAGAUCUUCAUCGUCAUGGUCACGGAUACCUUUCCAGGUGGCCCGAUCGGUCGGAUCUCUGCAACUGACCGUGACCUGAGUGACGUUUUGUCAUUUACCCAGAAGCCUCAGCCCAAGAGCAUGUUUAAGGUCAACAGACAGGAUGGCAGCAUUGUAGCGCUGCCAGGCCUGGAACCUGGCAGGUACCAGAUGAACGCUACAGUGAGCGAUGGACGUUUUGCUGUGAUAGCUGACGUUUCCAUCCAGGUCGAACAAGUGACAGAUGUCAUGCUGCGUAGCGCUCUGACCCUACGUUUCAACUUGCUGUCUCCAGAGGACUUACUUAGUCGCUACCUUAGCCAAAUUAAGCUAACGUUACGGGGACUAGGUGGAUGGAAAUGGUCACCAGGGCAGCAGGAUCCUCUUCACAUACUCAGUGUACAGCCAGUGAUGGGGACAUCGGAUGUGGACCUGCUUCUAGCCAUGGAGAGGCCAGAGACGCCGGGCAGUGGACGCAUGGCUGUGUUCUACUCCCAGCAAGAGCUGUCUGCAAAGCUGGAGGAGGUGGCAGCGCAGGGUCAGAUUCGAGGUGUGCUAGCUGGGGCUGUGGUGGUGAGCAGCACCUGUUCUGGCGAGCUGGAGUGUGGGGAUAGAGUGUGUGAAAACACACUUGUGAUGGACGGGAGCUCGCCUGUCACCUACAGCACAGAGAGGGUCAGCUUGGUGUCGCCUACGUUCAGCCGCAAAGAGACCUGCACCUGUCCCGGAGGGACAUGCCCCACCCCUGUGGAGCUCUGUGAAGGUCAGUCCUGUCCAGCUGAUAUGCAGUGUGUGCGUUCCGGUCCUACUGCGCCAUCUGUCUGCCAGUGUCAGCCCAAGAGACUAGAUGACUGUGCAGGCCAGACCUCGCUGAGUUUCUCUGGAAACAGCUACAUCAAGUACAGAGUGACAGCGAGUGGCCAGAGCGGAGAGAUGAAGCUCGGCCUCAGGAUCAGAACACUUCAGAGAAGAGGAGUCAUUAUGUUCACACGGGUUAACCCCUGCACCAUGCUUAAGAUUGAAGGCGGUCGACUCUGGUUUCAGUUGGACUGUGACAACACCCUUGGCAUUAUGGGUAUCUCUGGCAGACCAAUAAAUGAUGGCCUGUGGCAUGCAGUCACUUUGGAGCUGACUAUGAACUACACUCUCCUGUCAUUGGAUGACAGCUAUGUGGAACGUCGCCGGGCAGCCAGAGCCCCGGUUCGUCUUUGGCCCUUGGCACCAGAUUCCUCAUUUUUCUUUGGGGCCCAAGUCAGGCCACUAAAUGGGCAAGGUGAGAGGCCAGGCCCUGGGUCAGGGAGGAGCCAGGGAGGGCCAGGGCUUGCAGAGCGUGGCGUAAGGGGCCCUCCGAGAGCUCAGGACGGCUUCCAGGGGUGCCUGGGCUCGCUGAUGCUGAACGGAAAUGAGCUGCCGCUCCAGAAUAAAAGGAGCCGUUAUGCUGAGAUAGCAGGGCUCAGCGAGGUCAAACUGGGCUGCGUGCUUUAUCCAGAUCCAUGCGUCAGUCAGCCCUGCCUCAACGGAGCAAUCUGCAGUAGCCUUCCCUCUGGAGGUUUUAUGUGCACUUGCAGUGUUGGAUUCACUGGGGGGCGCUGUGAAAUUGAACUGACAUCCUGCAUGCCAAACCCCUGCCAGAAUGGUGGAGACUGCAAGCCUGUAGGCAGCGCAUUCCUCUGUGGCUGCCCUACUGGACUCGGGGGACUUAUAUGUGACGACGACGUCAACGAGUGUGACCAGGAAGCGUGCGGAAAUGGAGGAGAGUGCGUGAACACAUUCGGGUCAUUCUACUGUAACUGUUCAGAAGGGUAUGAGGGUCAGCUGUGCGAUGAUCUGACGCCUGAUGAUCCUGGGGAUGACACACAGGCUGAGCCUCUGUCUUACAUUGGACCAGGAGAGAUAAUUGGCAUUGGAGUCCUUGCGUUUGUCAUCAUUUUCCUCCUCAUACUCUUCAUCGCCUUUAGGAAAAAAAUCAAAUUCAGGAAAGACUCAGAUCCAGGCCCCGGUGUUCAGACUGGGAUGGGCAUCUCGGCUAUCUCUACAGAAACUAGCUACAUGCUGCACAAGACUGGCAUGGGAGCAGAAGGGAUUGAGUUUAAAGCCGUUCGUGUAUCAGGCUCACCAGCAACCACAAGCACCUAUGGUGAGGUGGGAGGCAGCAGUGUGGGCCCUCCCCAGGUCAUGGUGCGCCCAACUGCCCACUCCCCUCUACCAGGAGGACUCAGUGGUGACAGGACCACUUCCAGUGAAGGCAGUCAGAUUAGCAGCUUCCUUUCAGACAUGUCUAAUGUCCGAGGUAUGGCCAAUAGGCGGGGCGUCGCAGUGUGCAGUGUGGCACCCAAUCUCCCUUCAGCAUCUGCUUGCCGCUCAGAGCAUAGCCCGGCCCACAAAGUGUCCUGGGAAGGCGAAGAAAUGAGGGAGAAAGAGCUGGAGAGGGCUAGAGAUGAGAGAGAGGAGGAGUGGGGGCAGAGAGCUUUUGAGCUGGAGAGAACACAGAGAGAUAACAGUCCACAGGACGUGUCGGAGCUGGCGGACGGGCUGGGGUGUCUCUCGGACUCCACCUCCGAGGAGCACUCACUUAGCUCCUACACUUCAGAGUCCUUCGAUGACAACGCCUCCAUAGUGACAGUGAUACGUCUCGUCAAUGAUACUGUUGAUAACAUUGAAAGUGAAGUGUCAAACAUGGACAAAGAACAGCGGCGUAGCAGCCCUGCGAGUCAUCACCUGCAGAGCAAAGAUGAGAUUUGCGUAGAGUUCAUCAAAGAGUACAUUGUGGAUUCAUACCGCUGGGAGUCUUCCUGUCAGACUUCAAGCUGGGUGUCGCCAUCACGACUGCGUCCACCUGAGUUAGGAUCCCAUUAUGAGCUUAAUGACACCCAGCAGAACAUCAGACGCGGAGGCAGCACGCACUCUCUGCAGCUGGACUACAGGGUGAUGGGCUACAACGUGGACAAAAGCCGUGAGAGGACACAGGAAACUGGGAGGAGGACCUUUCAGUGGGAGAGGAAUCAGUCUGGAGAGUGGGAGAGAAAACACACCCCGGACAGAAAAGAAAAGAGAAGGUACAAGGAGGAAGGAAAGAAUAUGAACAUUAGGACCAAGGACAUGGAGGGACACCAGGACCACGGAGAUCAGCAGCUGCAGGACCAAGACAGCUGUGACGACAGCUCCUCGCCCGUGUAUGAAGAGUACCAAGAGUCCAGACAUGAUCCGGAACAAAAUGAAGACACGGAGAGCCUUUAUGAUAUUCUACCCCCAACUCGGCGAGCCUAUGAAGGAUAUCCGUCCAGUCCCCCAGGGCUAAACCUGCACCCAGCUCAACUUAUGCCCCCCCUCAGGGCCUGGGACUUACAGACAGAGGAAUGGAGGGGAUCACGGGAAGACCAUGGAGGGCUUGGCUCUAAUAGUCUGGCAGGUUCUGGGGAUGAGUUAGAAAGACUACUGAACCUGGUGUCACUGAGAGCCAGGAGAGCCACACGAAUAAACAGAGCCUCUACCAGAUCUGAACCUGCAGCAGGCUGGGAUGGGCUGAAAUGAGCUCACGCUCAAAACAAAAAUAUUUUCUGUUCCUUUGCAAAUCACAGAGUGGCGGUGAUCCUCUCUGGUUACGGUUCACAUUUAUAAUCUACUCGAACACUGGUCCACCACCUAAAAAAAAAUAAUUGGACAAGAAUGUUAACAUACACACUUUUAUUAUCCGACAUUAUUAUCCUCGUGUAAACAAGCACUAAUCCACCACCAAUCCCCUGGCUCAUUUGUAAGCGGGAGGAAUAAGAGGAAAUAUAUGUGUCUCGUCACAGCUACACCUGGGCUGCCAUUGGCUCUGAAUCAGUGCUUUUACAUGUAUUAUUUAGAGUCACUGAAGAAGAACAUUUGGAGCUUGUUUUAGAUCGCGUACCCCUCUAUGUGCAAAUUUUCAAAUCAUGUAUUUCGUUCAUCGCUGUGUCGGAUCGCACAUGUACUGGCAGACAAUUAUUUUGUUAACUCAGCCGUGCAAUACUUAAUGCAUUUAUUAUUUUUUACUGACGCGCGCUCAGGUUUGUUUUGCAGGGAGCUUUUCGCUCGCAUCCCACACAGACACUGAGAGUAUUAAGAUUACCUGAGGUUGAUUUUACACAAUCAUUUAAUUUUCCUAUGUGGAUUUAUUUAUUUAUUCAUAUUUGUAGCUUUGCUUAUGAGUCUCUUCAUGAGCACAUGUGUUAUAGUUACCUGGCCUGUGUAGAUAUGAUUAAAUACAGGACUAAGGAUAUAUUUUUUUAUUUACUCAAUCGGCUAUUCUAAGUGAGUAGAAGGACACAGAGCUACUUAUUAAAACACAUUAAUUUAAUCAAUAUGUACAUAAUGUAAUUUGAAUAUAUUGAAGCUUUAGCAGUGCUUCAGGCAGACUGAAGCCCACUUUACACCUGGUGUUAAUAUGUGAAAUGAAUUUCGGGGCAUUAUGUGCAGAACGGCUUAGAGAAUUGUGUGGACAUGCAACCGUGAAGUACAGAAUCACUCACCCAGGACAUGUGCUCAUGGUUGGCUCGCUGAUAACGCAGUGUAAAUGCUGCUGCAUUCCCAGUUCACACACAACAAAGGGAAUGCAAAUGAAAAUAAACUCCACGUAACGAAGCUUCGAAACAGCGCUGUUCUCUGAGAAUAUUCCUAGUUGACUCCUAGUUGGCUAGGAGUAAUUAAAGAUAAACAUAUUCAUGGUAGCUGUUCGGGUCAUUUGUGGAUUUUUAAAAAAAAGACACACCGUGUGCACAAAAAUACACACACCUCUUCCCAUGCACAAACUGGUAUUUGUAAAGGAAGAAUGUGUGGACCGUGUUCGUACUCCAGACCGUGACAGACCAUCGUGAGGCAAGCCCGACAGAAUGGAGAGAAGAUGAAAAAUGAACCGAGACAGAAGUGAAGAAAAACAGCCAGUUUGGCUGAGCUUGCAUUCCCUGUUAUCAAUAUAUAUAUUUCCAGCUCAUAAACGCAUCAUCAAUAACUUAGCCUCUGCACACCACCACAGUGGAUUUUAAAUCAACCAGUCAACCUGUGAUUGAAGUGCAGACUUUAAGCUUUAGUUCAAGGGAUUUAACAAAAGUGUCCCAUUAAUAUUGUUUAGGAAUUACUGCCAUUUUAAUAGACAAUCGCCUAUAUAGUUGGGUGGUUGACUGACAAGCAGUUUUAUGACCAGAUGAGACCUGUUUCCUGUUCAUUUUAUUACAAAUUCAGGAGGUAAAAAAAGAAACACGAGCAGCUUUCAGUUCUAGAUCUUUUAUCUCCCUGAAGAUGUUCUGUCAGAUCUUCAAAGAGUCACUGUGAUGGUGUACAGAAGCAAACAGUGAAACAAUGUCCAAAUACUUAUGAACCUACAGUAACUGUAUAUGUACCAUUUACAAAUUUCAACUUGAUCAGACCUUUCCAUGUUCUGCUUGUUCUUUCUCUUCUUCUUCAUCAUCUUCCUCUUAUUAUUGUUAUUGUUUUCGGUGUAAUAAUUGUGGGUGCUAGCUGUAUAUGAUGGCCUGCUUUCCUCCUGUGAUCUGAUGUACUUGUUGCCUCUUGUUUGCAGUCUCCGUUUUUUUUUUUCUGUCUUAUUUUGUUUUUACUUCUGCCAGGAUCCUCUGCCCUGAACUUCCAGAGGUGAAAGCUUUUUUUCUCCCAUCACUAGUUUCUCUUAUGUUCGUGAUUCCAGAACUGAGAUCACCAAAUACACAUUUUAAUUAGUCCACGACUCAUAUUAGUGUCUCAGUCUCAGAUUUGAGGAAAUUGCACUUCUUCUUUGCUGUGUUUUUUUUUAAAAUUAUUGUCAUGUCUAAUCACUGCUUGAUUUAUAUGCAAAUGAGGAAUAAGGGAGGAUUUACAUCAUUCAUUAUGAAAGCUCUAAGUGGAAAUCAUGCACAUGUGUAAAGUUUCACUUUGAUUGAGAUUCAUAAAAGAGCACCAUGCGUAGGCACGGGUUUACAAAUAUGAGUAGAGGAAUACAGAUUCACUCGUAAAUCUGCAUAAACUUUUAUGCAUCUGGCUCAUGUCAGAACUAAAAGCCACCUUCAUGUCACAGUUACUACGCUCAUCAUCUCAUCUGGUAAACAUGCCUUUGAGAAAAUGCUCAGCAAACAAUAUAUGUACAUCAAAUUGAAAGACAGAGUAGAUGCUACAAAGUAAAUACAAGCCGUCUAUAUCUCUAAGUAUGUAGUGAGAAUCCAAGGCCGCACUUUUGUGUUAAAUUAGCGCAUUUGUUGUUGCAAAAGUGGUUUUUAUUAACAGAGUUGAAAGAUACUGUGCCGAUGGACUCUUUGGAAAUACCGUAACAUCCAGCAGUAACAGACACAUACCAGUUGACAUGUCUUAUUGUGAUCAGGUUUAGUUUCACCUAAUGUAUUUUGUGUCUUAUAAUAGCAUCGUCCAUCUAUUCAUCCUCUCUAUCCAAUUCCUAUUCAGAUGUACUCUGUAUUUGGGGGGCUGAAGCGUGCCACAGCUUGCACAAAGAAACAUACCGGACAGGUCAGACUACAACAUGGAUAAACACAUUCACACCUGUGGGCACUUUACAGUUUCCAGUUCACCGGGCCUGCAUGUCUGCAGACUGUGGAAGAAAGCUGAGGCACCUAAAGGAAACCCACAGGAAUACCGUGAGAGCAUUCAAACUCAAUACAACAGCUUCCACAGGCAGAGGUUUGCAACCCAGAACCUCAGUGCUGUGAAUCAACGCUGCCAGCAACUGAGACAUCUUUGCUGUCAUCUUUUUAUUCUUUAUUGCCAUCCACUGCAGUUGAAUCAUCUCGCAAACUACCAUUCAUUCCUACAGGAUCAUAAGUUAUUUCAGGUCACUCACAUGCUGAAGCGCAGCGCUGCAUGGGUGUUUGAGUGGCUGCGCAUUAACAAGACUUGAAGAAUGUUCCCCAAUCAAGGAGAUUCACGUUUUAUCGAGAAUGAGAGAACGAGAACGGCAUUUGUCCUCGGGGCGAAUGUGUAAUGGGUGUGUUAUAGCAGGUUAGCUAGAUCUCAACCUAGACUAUGUGAGAUAAAUAAUCCCCAUAAAAUAUUUAAUCCUAUCAAGUCAGUCUUGUCAUGCCUCUUAUGUUUUUCUUUCCCUCCCCACCGGAAUCUGGCAGAUUCAUUUAGCGGAGCUUAAAGUUGUCAAUGUCCUGGGAAGACAUGAAGGCAUAAUAAUGUCCCCUGAAAAUGUAAAGUGCACAACGUGUUUGAUCAGUUAAACAAUAAAUUUCAUUCUGAAAUCAUCAGAGGUGAUUUGAAAAGGCUGUUAGGAUCUUGGCGUAGAUUCCCUUGCCUCUAUACGCUGUCAACAGUUGAGCAGACUUCAGCAUAAUCUUUGCAUUAUGCCUUUUUGUUUACCUCAGGAACUGAAUUAUUUGCUGACUUGAAUAAAUGGAU